AUGGACGAACAGAGCAACGUGGAGAGAUUCGACGACGUCGUGUUGCCUGGAUUCAGAUUCCAUCCCACGGAUGAGGAACUCGUAGGGUUUUAUCUGAAGAGGAAGAUCCUGCAGAGAUCUCUUCCCAUUGAGUUGAUCAAGCAAGUCGAUAUCUAUAAAUACGAUCCAUGGGAUCUUCCAAGACUGGCGACAAUGGGAGAGAAAGAAUGGUACUUUUAUUGUCCGAGAGACAGGAAGUACAGGAACAGCACGAGGCCGAACAGAGUGACAGGAGCUGGGUUUUGGAAAGCAACAGGAACAGACCGGCCGAUCUACUCCUCGGACGGAACCAAAUGCAUCGGGCUGAAGAAAUCAUUGGUUUUCUACCGCGGCCGCGCAGCCAAAGGCAUCAAAACCGACUGGAUGAUGCACGAGUUUCGCCUCCCUUCUCCUUCCGAUCAUCAUCACUCUCCGAACAAUGCCAAGAAGCUCCAUCUCAGCAAUAAAGACCUACCUUGCUGCGAUUCGUGGGCGAUAUGCAGAAUAUUCAAGAAGACAGUGAACUCAGUUUCGUCGCAAAGAACACUCCAACAAUCAUGGAUCUGUCCGAAAAUUCCAGAAAACACGCAUCAGUCAUCAACACAAACCUCAACUCUCUUCGCUUCCUAUUCUUCUUCUUCAGACAUCCUCAGCCAAAUCGCUCAUCAAGAACACAGUGUCAUCACCACCUUACCGUUCCCUCCUCCUUCCUCCUCCUCGGCUGCAGCUGCAGUUUUUACCUCUCAGAUGCUCGGAGUUCCGUACAACUGUGCCAAGAACAACGUCAACGUUUCAAUGGAAACAUCAUUCAUGAACAGCAACAAUAACGACCAUAUCAACUACUUUAACAUGGAGGUUGUACGAAGUGAGGAAUGCGAGAACGGUAGGGUUUGGUUUUCCGGCGCCGGAAAUGUGGCCGGAGACGGCGCAGUGUGGGAGUGAGCUGUCGGAGACUUCGUACACCACUAACAACUAGGAUGGCUUUUUCAG